AUGAACACAACCCAGGCGUUGUCUCUCUCUCUCUCCUCUAGUCUGCUGACUCAUACAGUGUCUCUGUCCCCCUGUCCCUGUCCCUCUCUAGGUUUUGGUGUGGACCAGCUGAGAGAUGAUAACCUGGAGACAUACUGGCAGUCUGAUGGAUCCCAGCCGCACCUGGUCAACAUCCAGUUCAGGUACAGUCUUCCUGCCUGCCUGUCUUCCUGCCUGCCUGCCUGUCUGUCUGUCUGUCUGUCUGUCUGUCUGUAUGCCCCUGCCUGUCUGUCUGUCUGUAUGCCUGUCUGUCUGUAUGCCCCUGCCUGCCUGCCUGCCUGCCUGUCUGUCUGUCUGUCUGUCCAUCUGUCUGCCUGUCUGUCUAUCUGUAUGUCCAUCUGUCUUCCUGCCUGCCUGCCUGCCUGCCUGUCUGUCUGUCUGUCUGUCCAUCUGUCUGCCUGUCUGUCUAUCUGUAUGUCCAUCUGUCUGCCUGUCUGCCUGUCUGCCUGUCUGUAUGCCCCUGUCUGCCUGUCUGCCUGUCUGCCUGUCUGUAUGCCCCUGUCUGCCUGUCUGCCUGUCUGCCUGUCUGUAUGCCCCUGUCUGCCUGCCUGCCUGCCUGCCUGCCUGCCUGCCUGCCUGUCUUCCUGCCUGCCUGCCUGUCUGCCUGCCUGCCUGCCUGCCUGCCUGCCUGUCUGCCUGCCUGCCUGCCUGCCUGCCUGCCUGCCUGUCUGUCCAUCUGUCUGCCUGUCUGUCUGUAUGUCUGUCCAUCUGUCUGCCUGUCUGUCUGCCUGCCUGCCUGCCUGCCUGCCUGCCUGCCUGCCUGCCUGCCUGUCUGCCUGCCUGCCUGUGACAGAAUCAGUCAAUCAGGAUCUCAAUGAAGGCAUCUCCAACAUCAUUCUUCCCUCCUUCUCUCCCCAGGAGAAAGACAUCUUCCUUCCUUCCUUCCUUCCUUCCUUCUCACCCCAGGAGGAAGGCUACAGUGAAUAUGUUGUGCAUCUAUGCAGACUACAAGUCAGAUGAGAUCUAACCCUAACCCUGACCCUAACCCUUACCCUCCUUCCCACCCCAGGAGGAAGACUACAGUGAAGAUGUUGUGCAUCUAUGCAGACUACAAGUCAGAUGAGAUCUAACCCUGACCCUAACCCUUACCCUCCUUCCCACCCCAGGAGGAAGACUACAGUGAAGAUGUUGUGCAUCUAUGCAGACUACAAGUCAGAUGAGAUCUAACCCUGACCCUAACCCUUACCCUCCUUCCCACCCCAGGAGGAAGACUACAGUGAAGAUGUUGUGUAUCUAUGCAGACUACAAGUCAGAUGAGAUCUAACCCUGACCCUAACCCUUACCCUCCUUCCCACCCCAGGAGGAAGACUACAGUGAAGAUGUUGUGUAUCUAUGCAGACUACAAGUCAGAUGAGAUCUAACCCUGACCCUAACCCUUACCCUCCUUCCCACCCCAGGAGGAAGACUACAGUGGAAGAUGUUGUGUAUCUAUGCAGACUACAAGUCAGAUGAGAUCUAACCCUGACCCUAACCCUUACCCUCCUUCCCACCCCAGGAGGAAGACUACAGUGAAGAUGUUGUGUAUCUAUGCAGACUACAAGUCAGAUGAGAGCUACACCCCCAGUAAGAUUUCUGUCAGAGUAGGAAACAACUUCCACAACCUGCAGGAGAUCAGAGUAAGAACUUUCAAGUUAUAUUGUGUCAGUGUGUAUCAAUAACAUGUUAUGACUGUUAUGACUAAGGGCUGUGAUGGUACACGUCUUCGGUACGGGACCUCGGUUUGUUCCGCACUACGAACCUGAAUGAAUACAACAAAUAAAACAAGUUGCCUCGUUAGUAAACGCUGCGUUGUAUGCCGUUGCCUCGUUAGUAAACGCUGCGUUGUAUGCCGUUGCCUCGUUAGUAAACGCUGCGUUGUGGGCCGUUGCCUCGUUAGUAAACGCUGCGUUGGAGGCCGUUGCCUCGUUAGUAACGCUGCGUUGUGGGCCGUUGCCUCGUUAGUAAAAAGCUGCGUUGUGGGCCGUUGCCGUUAGGUAAACGCUGCGUUGUAGGCCGUUGCCUCGUUAGUAAACGCUGCGUUGUAGACCGUUGCCUCGUUAGUAAACGCUGCGUUGGAGGCCGUUGCCUCGUUAGUAAACGCUUGCGUUGAGGCCUUGCCUCGUUAGUAAACGCUGCGUUGGAGCCUUGCCUCGUUAGUAAACCUGCGUUGGAGGCCGUUGCCUCGUUAGUAAACGUGCGUUGGAGGCCGUUGCCUCGUUAGUAAACGCUGCGUUGUAGGCCGUUGCCUCGUAGUAAACGCUGCGUGUGGAGGCCGUUGCCUCGUUAGUAAACGCUGCGUUGUAGGCCGUUCCUCGUUAGUAAACGCUGCGUUGGAGGCCGUUGCCUCGUUAGUAACGCUGCGUUUGGAGCCGUUGCCUCGUUAGUAAACGCUGCGUUGUAGGCCGUUGCCUCGUUAGUAAACGCUGCGUUGGAGGCCGUUGCCUCGUUAGUAAACGCUGCGUUGUGGCCGUUGCCUCGUUAGUAACGCUGCGUUGGAGGCCGUUGCCUCGUUAGUAAACGCUGCGUUGGAGGCCGUUGCCUCGUUAGUAAACGCUGCGUUGGAGGCCGUUGCCUCGUUAGUAAACGCUGCGUUGGAGGCCGUUGCCUCGUUAGUAAACGCUGCGUUGGAGGCCGUUGCCUCGUUAGUAAACGCUGCGUUUGGAGGCCGUUGCCUCGUUAGUAAACGCUGCGUUGGAGGCCGUUGCCUCGUUAGUAAACGCUUGCGUUGGAGGCCGUUGCCUCUUUAAACGCUGCGUUGGAGGCCGUUGCCUCGUUAGUAAACGCUGCGUUGGAGGGCCGUUGCCUCGUUAGUAAACGCUGCGUUGGAGGCGUUGCCUCGUUAGUAAACGCUGCGUUGGAGGCCGUUGCCUCCGUUAGUAAGCAGAGCGGAAAACAUUGUGGCUGUUGCCGAUGGUGCACGUUUGGGUAAUCAAAAUUCUAAUUUAAACGGGCGGAUUUUCAAAACGAUCCCUUUUGUGAGGCGCAGCCGGGAAACUCUGGUAGAUGCGCGGUGGUGGGGGGGGGGGGCGACGUGGGAAUGAGUGGUGGGGGGGGGGGCAGAGUGGUGGGGGGGGGGGGGGCGAGUGGAGGGGGCGAGUGGUGGGGUGGGGGGGCGAGUGGUGGGGGGGGGGGCGAGUGUGGUGGGGGCGGGCGCGAAGUGGUGGGGGGGGGGCGAGAGUCGGGGGGGGGGGGGUGCGAAAGUGGUUGGGGGGGGCGAGGUGAGUGGUGGUGGGGGGGGGGCGAGUGCGAGUGGUUGGUGGGGGGGGGCGAGUGGUGGGUGGUGGUGGGGGGCGCGUGGUGGGGGGGGGGAGGGGGGGGCGAAGUGGUGGGGGGGGCGAGUGUGUGGUGGGGUCUCUUUCACGGGGGCGAGUGGUGGGGUCGAUAAAAACCAGAGGAGGACCUUCAUCAUCGUUUAAAUCUCCAGUUUGGGAACAUUUUCACGGUGGACUACAUCGGCGAUGGACAGAGAGUUGUGGGUAAAACGUUAACAGUAUGUUCUCCACGGCGCAACGAGAACAGAGUGGCGUGUGUAGCUUGUUGUUGUCGGCCAAUCACAAGUCACCACAGCGCCACUACAGUUCCUGUGUGGCAAAGCAAAUUAGGAGAUGAUCUAAUCAAUGGGAGAUUGAAUUAAAAGUGAAAUGAGUAUAUAUGGUACCAUGACCAAGAGUCAACAGCUUGGCUGCUAUUUAAUCAUCUAAAUGGAGGUGGUGUUUUUUGUAACUGUAGGACAGGAAGAAAGCACAUGCUCAAUUAGCCUAGCUAGGUAGCUAGCUAUCAUAGCCAACUAGCUUCUCUGGGUUUGAUGCAGUCGACAGGUACUAAAUAAUCCUAUUGGAUGAUAAAUAACCUAGCUAUGACAAGCUAGAAGUUAGUGUUCUAGUGCGAGUCUGCUUGUUAUGGUUGGUUGCUGUCUCUCCCCCCCUCCUCCUUGUCGCAAGGCCCCUCCUCCGCUUGCUCUCCCUCUCAAGGCCCCUCCUCCGCUUGCUCUCCCUCUCAAGGCCCCUCCUCCGCUUGCUCUCCCUCUCAAGGCCCCUCCUCCGCUUGCUCUCCCUCUCAAGGCCCCUCCUCCGCUGCUCUCCCUCUCAAGGCCCCUCCUCCGCUUCUCUCCUACAAGGCCCCUCCUCCGCUUGCUCUCCCUCUCAAGGCCCCUCCUCCGCUUGCUCUCCCUCUCAAGGCCCCUCCUCCGCUUGCUCUCCCUCUCAAGGCCCCUCCUCCGCUUGCUCUCCCUCUCAAGGCCCCUCCUCCGCUUGCUCUCCCUCUCAAGGCCCCUCCUCCGCUUGCUCUCCCUCUCAAGGCCCCUCCUCCGCUUGCUCCUCCCUCUCAAGGCCCCCUCCCGCUUGCUCUCCUCUCAAGGACCCCUCCUCCGCUUGCUCUCCCUCGCGCUGUAUACAGGUUAAUAAAGUAGCUGGAUCAGGUUAAUAAAGUAGCUGUAUCAGGUUAAUAAAGUAGCUGUAUCAGGUUAAUAAAGUAGCUGGAUCAGGUUAAUAAAGUAGCUGGAUCAGGUUAAUAAAGUAGCUGGAUCAGGUUAAUAAAGUAGCUGGAUCAGGUUAAUAAUGUAGCUGGAUCAGGUUAAUAAAGUAGCUGGAUCAGGUUAAUAAGUAGCUGGAUCAGGUUAAUAAAGUAGCUGGAUCAGGUUAAUAAAGUAGCUGGAUCAGGUUAAUAAAGUAGCUGGAUCAGGUUAAUAAAGUAGCUUACAAAUGGGCUUUUCUGCUGCUUCCCUCACUCGGAUCCGACCAGGUCUAUACGGAACUGGUCGUCCUCGGGUCCGUUCGGAACGGGUCUCUAUAUUGAAAAAUGUAUUUAUGCAUAUUGUCCGGGUGGGAAAGCCCCGGGUCCAUUUCUGAACGGGUCCAAGUUUUAGACUUCUACUUAACAAUCCCUGUCACAGCAGACAAUGAUGUCACAGCAGACAAUGAUGUCACAGCAGACAAUGAUGUCACAGCAGACAAUGAUGUCACAGCAGACAAUGAUGUCACAGCAGACAAUGCCAGGAACAUUGUGAAUGAUGUCACAGAAACUGGACUUGGGCCACAAAUAGGGUGCGUUUUUAAGUUUGCGUAUUUAGCCAAAUAAACAAAAAUUAACUAGAGUAACUGUUGGCAUUUCAUUUAGCUGCUGUAACCGUAACCGAACAGUGACCCCAAAACAGCAAUACGUACCAAACCGUUACACCCCUAGUUAUUACGAAGAUAGCAUUUUUACUUGUAUCUCCUCCUCCUCACUCUUACCCCCCUCCUCCUCACCCUCCCCCUCCUCCUCCUCCUAACUCUUACCCCCCCCCUCCUCCUCCUCACCCCCCUCCUCCUCCUCACCUCCUCACCCUCCUCCUCCUCCUCCUCACUCUUAUCCCCCUCUUCCUCACUCUUACCCUCCUCCUCCUCCUCUCUUCUCCCCUGCAGCAGUUAGAGAUGGUAGAACCUAGUGGUUGGAUUCACAUCCCCCUUCUGGACACAGUCAACAACCCCAUCAGGUAGAUUAUAUUUGUUGUUUUGAAAGGCGUCUCAAAUACAGUGCUUUUGAAAAUGUAUAUUCUAUAUGUUAAAUUCUAUGUAUAUAUUUCUUAUUUAUUCAUCAGGACGUUCAUGAUCCAAAUAGCUGUAUUAGCCAACCACCAGAACGGCAGAGACACACACAUGAGACAGAUCAAGGUGUACACUCCCGUCGAGGAGAGCUCCAUCGGCAAGUUCCCAAGAUGCACCACGGUCGACUUCAUGAUGUACCGCACCAUCAGAUGACACUGAGGGCUCCGGGGUUCUGGGUGGAACCUCUCAGGGUUCCGACUAGAACAUUCCAGAGUUCCGGGUGGAACCCUUUAAAAGUGUACAGUGUUGACAAAUAAGGGAAUUGGAAUGCCAAGUUUUUAUAUUGAAAUAUUAUUCUAAUUUCAAGUUAACCUGAAAUGCUUUUCAUUUGAGUACGUGGAGCCCCUCCGGCGUAUUACAAUCUCUGGCUGCAUCCCAAAUGGCACCC